GCCUAGCAACAAUUAUCAACACUCCGGCGUCAACUGUUGCUGAUGCAAAACAAACGUUUUUGCGAAGCUGUUUGAGGCAACAACAAAAAAACAUUUGCUAAAGACCUGUGUUUGACCAAGGACGAUGUCUGUGCCUUUUUCAAACACUCACCUUCGGGUUCCACGUGGGUUUGGCAAUAUCUUGGAGGGGUUGGCUCGAGAGGUCCUGCGAGACCAGCCCAAGGACAUCCCCACCUUUGCUGCCCUUUACUUCACUGCUCUUCUCAAAGAGAGAGAAGACAGUGGCUUGGACCCCGCAGAGUGGUGUGCCAGGCUUGAGGACAGAUUCUACAACAAUCAUGCAUUCAAGAACUCACCGAAUCAAGUCGACACCAGUCCAGUUGAUGCAACUCUGAAGAUUUCUAAGAAAAAGGAUGAGCUGACUGAAUCUCAAACAGAAGAGGAAACUGGUAAUAUUGAGCCAGUUGGGAUUCCAUCUCCCACAAACUCAAACCUUGAUGUCUAUGAAGAUGUGCAGGGAACUGAAAGUCAAGGAAAAUAUGAAAUGGUUAAUAUCACAGAUAAAGAUGUGAUUUCAAUGCAAAUAUAUCCCUCAGAGGUAUCAGAUAAUAAACUCACAGAUAUGGAUGUUAACAUGACAGGCAAAGAGAUGAAUGAAAGAGCUGACAAAAUGGUAUGCCUCUCUGAAUUUGAGCCCAGUGAGGAAAUCUCACUUGGUGGGCUUUCAAAUGUGGAUGUAUGUGCUGAAGAACUGAGGAAGACUGAAGAGGGAGAAGAACUCACUUCUCAGGAAAUCAGCACUGGUGAUGAUGCCAUUCUUGGAAGCUCAUACGAAAUGAACCGCAGUAGUGAAUUUGAACUUACUCAGGAAGUCUCAUUCACUGGACUGUUCAAUAUAGAUGUAUGUGCUGAAGAACUAAGAGGGACAAAAGAGAGAGAGGAACAAGCCACUGCAGAGGAUGGCCUCAGUGAAGGCUUCAAAGAUCAAGAUCUUGCUGAUGCUCAGGAGAGUUCAAUAUCACUCAUGGUUGAAAACAGUGGACGAUUAUCACCACUCCAAACUGAAUCCCCUGAACCUAUUCUACAGGAAACAACUGACAAUUCAGGGGGUGUUGCAGAAGAGGAAAAUCUAAUUGUUUCCACAACAUAUACUGGGCAAACGCAUGAAGUUGCAUCCUCCAUUGAUGAUGCCUCCAGAAUCUUGUCAGAUAAUGAAAGUGUUUUAGGUGAUGAUGAAAAACAAAAGGAGGAAAGUAUUGUUCAGAUCAGCACUGAGGAGGUACCUAAAACCCUGAAGGUCAAAAUGUAUGAACAGCAGCCAGAGGAGGAAGGUUCGGUCGAGGCUUCACAAACUGAGGCAGAACGACCAGAUGUUGUGUCGGAGGAUGCUGAGGAAGAAACGGGCCUUGUUGGACAUGAUACUCAAGACUCUGUUGAACCAAACACUAACAUCGAAGGGGAAGCGGAGGCAGUCACUGCUGAGGCUGAAGCUCAGAUAAAGGCAAUGGAGCAUGAGGCUUCUGAUAUAGAAGUGGAACAAGAUUACAAAUCUGAUUCAAGUGACGAAGAUGGGGAGAAAUUUAGUAAGGUGAACGUCCGCAUUCCUAAUCAGCAGGCCUCUCAAAUAGAGCAGAAACAAGAGGAUGAACCUGAUCAGGAGAACAAAAAUCUAAGUAAGAAGGAAAUGGGUGAAGACAUCUCUCCGGAGGAUUCUACUAAGAUGGAAAAUAAGCAAGAGAAUGAUAAUCCUUACAUCAAUGAUGAUGACAUAGAUAUGGGGGGAAAAUACAUUUCACACGCAUAUCAACAAGGUCCUUCGAACGAGGUUAGACCUGCAGAGCUGCAGCAAGAGGAUGCUGAGAAAGAGACAGGGGACACAGCUGAGCAACAGGAGGAUAUAGACGCGGUGGAGCACAUGGAAACUGAACUAAAAGGACUUGGAAAAGAGGACACAAUGACCCCGUCUCAGGACACAGACCAAACUGAUGACAACCCAGAGCACAUGCCAGAGGGAGAAAUAAAGGACAGCGUGGACAAGACUUAUGACAAGGAAGAAUGCAGCCAACCCCAGGAGGAGGAGGACAUCAUGGACAUACCUCUGGACGAUCCAGAGGCCAACAAGGCAGCUGCCAAGAUCCAGGCUGGCUUCCGUGGUCACAUGACCAGGAAGAAGAUUAAGCCUGCUGACAAGCCUGAGGGGGAGGAGGAGGAUGAGGAGGUGAGCAGCAGUGGUGAGGCCCUCAACGGCAACCAGGGGGGGACAGAAUCAGGCGGCUCAGACGGAGUAGAGAGAGAUGACACAUCUGUGCCGGAACAGUGAAGCCUCUGACCUCGAUGAAGAGAAGAAGAAGCAUGGCUGUGGCUGAACCUUUUUCUCAUGGAGGAGCAACUUUCUAUGUAACACAAAAUAGCAGUGUAUAUUCCAGAUUUUGGGAUGCAUCAUUUAAUUUGUGAACUCUUUAACACUUUCCUGCUUCCAGACCCAAUUUGUGUGGGUCGUCUUUGACCCAAAUUUGCAUCUCUCACUGCAUGUACUUGUGAAACUCCUGGUAGUGUGCUAGUCUAGAAGAAGCUGAUAAUAAGUGUUUUCCCUUGCUAAACAGGGCUAAUUUGAGUUGAAUAUAAAGGUUGUGUACAAUUAUGCAUUAUGAAUACACUUCAACCGCUGGAAUGCUUGUUUCUGCAUUGUUUCAAGUGCUUGUAUAAUUACUAUUUCAUUAUUUUUGACGUUCACAAUAUCGCUAAAAGGGAGGAAGAGACCCUUGAUUAUUGUACGGCAUAUUAUUUAAGUUAAUGAUUCAUUUAUUGUUAUCUAGAUUUUCAGUCUUUAAGUGUUGUGCACCAUAAUAAAUAAUCAAAUCACUUUCACAUAUUGGUCAGCAUUACCAUUUUCUCCAAAUCAGAUCUUCCAACGCAGUAAGCAUGCAGUACAAUGUACUAUAGUUUAUUUGCAGAUAGUAGUAAUCAUGUACAGUUUUAUCCUUAGAGAAAUGGAGUCAUAUCAUCUGCUCCUACAGUAUGUUUAUGGGUACAGAAUUUGUGUUUCAUAUAAAAUGCUGACCUAAAUCAGGUGUAUGGUAUUACCAUCGGGUUGGAACCUAAAUUAUAUUUCAAUCAUUUCGUUCUGAACAGAACCAUUAUUAUUUUUUUUCUGUUCUACUGUUCGGACCUGCGAGAUGAAGUUCUGAACUGGUUCUUGCCCCCAAAAAGUACCAGUUUAUAUCGUUCAUUUCUGUUCCUUUUGAAACCCCUGAAAUCAUUUUUUUUUUAAUUACAUUAUCUUGACAUUAAAUUACUUCACCAAUCAGUGUGGAUAGAGCAGCUUGCUAUGGAGCAGGCAAGCUAUAGUUGUUUUAGCCUAGACAGCCAAUACUGCAUGGGCACUAUCUGCGGCCUUCAUGCUGACCACACCACUCGUGUCACGUGCGCAAGCGUUGCAAAAUAAAUGUACACAUACAUGUUAUUCAGUCAUUGCACCCACACUGCUCAAGAGCGUCAACGAGCAUCUGCGUAGCCAGUUGCUAAAAUAUCACUUUCUAUUUGUUACACUUGACGCGCUGCAAGUCCCGCCUUUCCCAUCUCCUCAUUGGUUUUUAGGAGCAUAUACCCAUGUGAGUGAUUGAAAGAUGAACUGAGGUCCACACUCCAGUCCAGUUGGUAGUGGUAAUGCAGCUUAAAGUUGGUUGCCAACCACCAUAUAAAGUCCAAAGAAGAAGAAGAAGCCUGAAGGAAGAGAGAUUACUAGAAACAAACUCAGUUUACUCUUUUAUCUGGGGAUUAAUUGUCGGAGUAGAAGACCUUGUGCAUUUCAGGUAAAAUAACAACUUAAUUUUUAAAUCCAAGGACAAAUUAGCUAGCAACAGCAAGCAGAAAGUCCCCAAAUUUAAUAUAGGUUUCUAUGGAGGAACGUUGAAUGUCUUUGAACUUCCGAGAGUUGGCUUAAAGUUCGACCAAAGCUAGCUAACAAGCUUGUGUGUGCAAAGUGGCACCAGAAUUAAAAACACGUCUUACCUUUUUGUAGUUAAUAAGUCCAAUGUGAAACGUGAUAGCAUCUGUAACAAGCAUUAAAAAAAUGAAUCCAUUAUUUUCUUAAUUAAAAUUCUGAAUCACGCUUGUAGGCUACAGUAGACUAAGCUUCGUAGGGAGAGGGGCUGGUUGCCUACACAUGCACACACUGGCAAAGAUUUUCAGCUGUCAGGCAGACAAUGGAAUAUGUUUCUGAGUGAUAGAGUAAGGGCAUAGGCACCUUGUUGCAUUAUUUGUGGGACUGAUGGAAAUGCCUGGAAUGUAAACUAACGUUACUAAAGGGUUCCCAUGCUUUUAAUUACGGUUCUGUUCCAGAACAGUAUAGAUCACAUUCGUUCAGUUUCUGAUUCUGUAGUUAUUUUUCCAGUUUUCGGUUUUGUUCGCAGAACCAGUUCCAACCCCUGAUUAUCAUCAUGCUUCAUGAACAGAUUUAAUGAAAUAAUUGUAAAGGAAUAACAGUUGUGAAUCAAUAAAUCCAUAUCAAAUGUU